CAUUCUUUUAAGUAAGGCUAUAGUUAGUUCCUUCUCACUUGCUUUAUACUUUGAGAAGGUUAACAAAAACCAUUCACUUCCAUUUUCUCUUCUUCAAAAACGCACCAUAUUCUUCCCUAUUUUGCAUCCGCAUUUGUUCUUGAAUCUCUGCGGUAUUCUCUUCACAGAGAUGGAAAGAAUGUUCCCUCCAAAGAAGCCUUCAACUAUGAAUUCACAUGAUAGACCCAUGUGUGUUCAAGGUGACUCAGGUCUUGUUCUUACAACUGACCCAAAACCUCGUCUUCGUUGGACUGUUGAACUCCAUGAACGUUUUGUUGAUGCUGUUACUCAGCUUGGAGGACCUGAUAAGGCCACUCCUAAAACUAUCAUGAGGGUUAUGGGUGUGAAGGGUCUUACCCUUUACCAUCUCAAGAGCCAUCUUCAGAAAUUUAGGCUUGGAAAGCAACCCCACAAGGAAUUCAAUGAUCACUCAAUUAAGGAUGGGAUGAGAGCUUCAGCUUUAGAACUGCAACGGAAUACUGCUUCCUCUUCUGCUAUGAUUGGCCGCAACAUGAAUGAGAUGCAAAUUGAGGUGCAGAGAAGACUACAUGAGCAGCUUGAGGUACAAAAACACCUUCAACUAAGAAUUGAAGCUCAAGGGAAAUACAUGCAAAGUAUAUUGGAGAAAGCUUAUCAAACACUUGCAGGUGAAAACAUGGCAUCUACAACUAAUAACUUAAAGGGUGUUGUUGUAGGACCUCAUGGAAUGGCUGAAAUGGGACUAUUGAAAGAAUUUGGUUCACCUCUUAGUUUUUCAUCUUUUCAAGAUCUCGACCUAUUCGGAGGCGGCGGCGGCGGUGGUGAUCAACUUGACCUUCAACAAAACAUGGACAAGCAAACCCUAGAUCAUCAUGGAUUUAUGCAAAUCAAUGAGAAUUUAUGUCUUGGCAAGAAAAGGCCUAACCCUAACACUAACCCUUAUAGCGGAAAUGGAAAAAACCCAUUAAUGUGGAGUGAUGAUUUAAGGCUUCAAGAUUUAGGGACAGCUUCAUCAUGCUUGGAUGAUCCUUUCAAAGGUGAUCAAAUACAAAUUGCACCUCCAUCAUUGGAUAGAGGAAGUGAUAUUGAAACUAUAGAUAUUUAUGAUACAAAGCCUUUACUUCAAGGGGAAAUUUUAGGUGAAAAGAAAUUUGAUGCAUCUAUGAAUAAACUUGAAAGACCUUCACCAAGAAGAGGGCCAUCUCUUCAUGCUGAAAGAAUGAGUCCUAUGAUUAGUACUGGUACUAUGGCACAAGGUAGAGGUUCACCAUUUGGAUAAAAAUUAGUUAUCUAAUGUCUUUAGAUUAUUUGAUAAUUAAUUAUGUUUAUGUAAUUGUUCCUUUGUUGUGAAACUCUCUUAGGUAUGAUAUCUAGGGUUUUAAAUUUGGUCUUGGAAAUUAUCAUGUUCUUAUGAGGUAUAAUGCCUUGCAUGGCAAACCAAAGUUUCAAUUAUUCUAACUAUGAUAUAAUUAAAGCACUUUAAAUGUGCCUAGUUAAUGUGAGCAUUCUCACUUGUA